GCCAAACAUCAAACAUUUCCGGGUCAGCAAAUUAUCGCCAUUUUACGUGCAAGACGCAUAAGAGACUGGAAGAGGUAGAUCUCGGGAUUAGAACCAGAAGGUGAGAGAUGUGGGACCAGGGAGGACAGCCCUGGCCGCAGUGGCCAUUGAACCAGCAGCAGUGGAUGCAGUCAUUUCAGCAUCAGCAAGAUCCAAGUCAGGUGGACUGGGCAGCAUUGGCCCAGGCAUGGAUAGCACAGAAGGAGUCCAGUGGUGGAGCAGUGGAGCCUCAGCCCCUGCAGCCCAACGGGCAGGACAUGCCUGGUCUGGACACUCACAACAACCAUGCUGCCUUUCAGACUGAAUCCAGUUUUGGGAGGAUGUGGCAGCCAGAAUGGGGAAUGCAUGGCCAACCACCCCCUCCUCCUGCGGAUCAAGCGUGGAUCCCUCCAGGACCAGGACCUAUGGAUGUUGUUAACCCAUCUGAAGACAGCAACAGUCAGGACAGUGGGGAGUUCCCAGGCGAUGCCCACCACAGCGUUUUCCCUCAGAACAGCCAUGGCUUUGGUGGCCAGCCUGAACACUACCCGAUGCCCCCAAUAGGAGUCAACCAGUUUGAUUACCAGCAUGGCGCGGCAGCAGGAGGGGCAUAUGGCCCACCUGGUGCAGGGUUCCACCCACCAUUCUGGCCCGACGGACCCCAGAACCGAAGAGACAGGCUCCCAGGUUUCAGACCAGAUCGGCCCAGGUCGCCCAACCAACUGGGCAUCAAACCAGAAGCACCGGCUCUUGAUGCAGUCAAACGCAGGACUCUGCCGGCAUGGAUACGAGAGGGCCUUGAGAAGAUGGACCGGGAGAAGCAGAAAAGGCUGGAGAAAGAACGACUGGAGAAGGAGCGAGCUGAGCUGCCUACUGACCACCACGACAAUGAUAUGGUAGAGGAAGAGGGAGAUGGACCUCGGGUGCCACGCAAGAGCAAAUUUGACAGUGAUGAUGAGGAGGAGGAGGAGGAGGAGGAGGAGGAAGAAGAAGAAGAAGAAGAAGAAGAAGAAGAAGCUGGUGAAGAAGGUGAGGCCAGAGAGGAGGUCACGUCGCGGAGACGGCAGGAACCGGCCAGCAGGAACUCGUCUCCUGCGCACGAUGAACAGAGUGAACCAGAAAUGACGGAGGAGGAGCGAGAGUUUCAGCUGAUGCUCCUGACCAAAACUCUUCUAACAGAAGUUCUCCUCGAGGUCACAAAUGAAGAAAUCCUCCAGGUGGCCAAGGAGACCCAUCGCAAAGCCACCAAAGCUCCUGCAAAACAGCUGGCACAGUCCAGUGCACUGGCUUCUCUCACCGGCCUCGGUGGCCUAGGAGCAUAUGGCUCAGAUGACAGCGAGGAUGAGGAGCGCAGCGCAAAGGGCUCCGAGUCGUCCGACACCGAUGAGGAGGAACUUCGACACCGGAUCCGGCAGAAGCAGGAUGCAUUCCGCCGCAAGGAACGAGAGCUCCAGCAGCAGGAGAGGCAGUCACUCGAGACGCCACCGAGCACAGAAACCUCAGGAGGAGUGAGCAGGGAAAGGGAGAAUUUUCAGGAUGAGCAGUCAGAGCCCAAACACAAGCAGGAAGUGAGAGAGAGGGAGACAGAGAUAGUGGUAGAGCGGCGCAGAUCGCGGAGUGAGCUAGAGGAUAGUGAGGUCAAGCGGGUGGGAUCAGGAAAGGAGCGUGCAGGUCGAAGUGUUGACAGCGUCAGCGGCUCACCUAAUGAACGCCACAGUCGCACCUCUCGCUCCAGCUCGUCUUCCUCCUCCAGCCAGUCCUCUUCGUCAUCGUCUUCCUCAUCCUCCCGUAGCUCCUCUCGCUCGUCCUCACCACGGAGGAAGAGGAGGCGGAGCCGCUCUAUCUCCCGUGGCAACCGCAGACGUAGCCGCAGCCGCAGUUCCCACAGGCACCAGUCACGGCGUGGCGUCCGGGAGAGGAGGCGGGGUAGCAGAGACCGCAGCGAAGAGCGCUCCACCCACCACAGGAAGCGCAGCCGCUCUCGCCAGCGUCGAUCCAGCAGGGGGCACAAGAGCAGGUCCAAGGACAGGGCCAAGGCUAGCCGCAGCUCCAGCCGAGACAGACGGCACAGCAGGGAGCGCAGACGCAGCGCCAGCCGCAGUCGCCGGAGACCCAGGACAGCCAGCAGGGACAGAGACAGGAGGAGGGACAGGAGCCAGAGUCACGAGAAGGACAAGAAGAAAAGAGAGAAAGAGAUAGACAAGAGGAAGGAUAAACAGAAGGGCAAGGAAAAGGAGAGGGAGAGGGAGAGGGAAGGGAGCUCAACCAGGGAGGAGGAGAGCAGAUCUAAGAGGAGGCGAGCGAGUGAGAUCACAGACUCCCACAGUGGGAAACUUUCCCGGCAGGACAGCAGGUCUAGUAAGAAGAGCUCAGCCAAAGCUAGCAGGAAGUACUCAGACUCUGAUUCCAGCAGGUCCCCAUCCCCUGAGCUUAGCAAAGGCAAGAAGUCAAAAAAAACUAAACGUAGUCGAUCAAGAUCAACGGAAAAAUCUCACAAGUCUGGUAAGAAGGCAAGCCGCAAACACAAGUCUAAGUCGCGAUCAAGGUCAGUUUCACCCAGCCGCCGCAGGCGCUAAGGACUCGGCUCUUCAAUCGCGCACAUAUUUUAAAAUUCCAUGAGUUUAAUGGGCUUGUCUCAUUAUGGAGGCAACGUUGUAGGUGAACUCUCCACUCUUUCACUAUCCCCGCAAACCCUCAGUGUAAAUAUGUGAUAUUUUUUAACCAGUGUCUGCAAUACAGGACAUUUUGAAUGAUAGGUUUUUGCCUUGUAUUAUGCAAGACUCAGCAUUAGGUAGUUACUAGAAUCUUGAAGCUGUAACGUUUUAAAACCCUCUGCAAGAGGUAGUGGAUUCAUAUUUGAUGUAAAUUGCCCAAUAAAACAAUGGUUAUUUCUCUUCGA